UUCAACAUCGUUUCUCGCCUUCGAAUCAUCUCCAGAAACGAUGGGGAACGAAGCCAGCCUCGAGGGAGAGGCCCAGGCGGGCCAGCCCGGCUCCGCUGUCCCGGCUACCGGGGCUUCGGCUUCCAUUUCAGCACCACCGGGCUCUGGACAGCUCAUCAAGCCCAGCAAUGGAGCGCCAGCCGGAGGAACGGGCCCCGGAGCCGGGCCCGGGAUUAACAGACCCCCCCAGACAGACCCUGGGGGGCCCAAGGUGGGGGUCCAGAGUGGGCUGGGGACGGGAGACCGCCUGGCCUCUCACGAGAGCCCCCAGCCCCCCUCCGGCCAGCCCCCCUCCGGCCAGCCCCCCUCCGGCCAACCCCCCUCCGGCCAGCACGCGGCUCGCAGGAGCCUACAGGUGGACGUUGGCAGCAGUGGGCCGGGCCGCUCCCCCUCUGUGUCGCCUGACCGGGGCAGCGCCCCCACCUCGCCCUACUCCCUGCCCCAGAUCGCACCCAUGCCCACCAGCAGCAAGCUGUGCCCAGUGUGUAAGACCACCGACCUCAUGGGCACCACCGACGACCAGCCAAACUACAACACCUGCACGCAGUGUCGCAGCAUGGUGUGCAGCCAGUGUGGCUUCAACCCCAAUCCACACCUCACAGAGGUGCAGGAGUGGCUGUGUCUGAACUGCCAGAUGCAGCGAGCCCUGGGGAUGGACAUGACCACGCCACGCUCCAAGAGCCAGCAGCAGAUCCACUCUCCCUCCCACCAAGCCAAACCAGAGCCUCAGACGCAGGUCCCCUCCCCCCAGCCACAGCCAGAAACCAAGCCCCCGGCUCUGACACAGGCCCAGCCACCACCAGGCCCCGGCAGACAGACGGGAACCUCAGGCCCAGGGCAGCAGAGGGUUCCAGGGGGCCUGGGGCCCGGCCUUGCCCGGCUUCCCCCAGGAGCGGUCCCCCUCCCGGGCAUGGCCAAGGCCCCGUCCCAGCCUGACCUGUCCCGGGCUGGCCCCGUCCAGCCGGCCCAGCAGCAGCGGCAGGAUCAGACCCGCAGUGCUGGCAGCUCCCCCUCCCGCCAGCCCCCUCCCCCGGAGCAGCCCUUCGGGAAGCUGUUUGGCUUCGGGGCCUCCCUCCUCAAUCAGGCCAGCACGCUCAUCUCAGACAGCCCCCUGCAGACCCAGCAAGCCCAGCCCCCCCAGGGCCCCCAGGCCCCCAAACCUGCUCCCAAACCUGGGGGAGCUCCUCCAGGGCAGGGCCGGGGUGCGGGGAGACCCCCAGGGUCCUCAGGGCCCCAGGCAGGGCAACCCCAGGCGGGGCCUCCCCAGGCGGGGCCUCCCCAGGCGGGGCCUCCCCAGGUGGGGCCUCCCCAGGUGGGGCCUCCCCAGGGCCAGCCUACCCGCCAGGACCCGCCAGGACCCAAGUCCAGCUGCCCGCUGUGUAAGACUAGCCUCAAUGUGGGAGUCUCGUCUGAGCCGCCCAAUUACAACACCUGCACACAGUGCCACGCCCAGGUGUGCAACCUGUGUGGAUUCAACCCUACUCCCCAUCUCGUGGAGAAGAAAGAAUGGCUCUGUCUCAACUGCCAGACCCAGAGAGCGUUGUCCGGGAGCCUGGGUGAUGCCACACCCCCUGUUCCUCAGCCAAUGGGAUCCCCACGCCACCCAGCUCCAGCCAAUCAACAAUCACCUCAGCAGAGGGGGUCCAAUCAGCAAGCAGGACUUAGGCCCCCAGGCCCCCAACAGCAACAGAAACCUUCAGGUGCCCAAGUAAGUGGCCCUCCCUCCCCAGCCAAACAGCCAGGGGACUGCCCCCAAGCAACAGGCCCCACCCACCCCUCUCCUCAGCCCAAGGGCCCCACCCACCCCUCUCCUCAGCCCAAGGGCCCCACCAAACCUUCCCCCCAAUCCAAAGGCCCCACCCAACCUUCCCCCCAAUCCAAAGGCCCAGCCCAGGCCUUCCCUCAACCCUCCCCUCAACCCAAGGGCCCCACCCAACCUUCCUCCCACCCCAACGGUACAACCAAACCUUCCCCACAACCCAAGGGUACCACCAAAACCAUCGCCCAGGGUAAAGGCCCUGCCCAGACCAAGGGUCCAGUCCAACCCUCCAGCCAGAACAAGGGCCCUGCCCAGCCCAUCUCUGGUAAGGCAACUUCCACCCCAGCCAAGGCUGGAACCACCCAGGCCAAGACCACAACCACCUCUGCUAAGACGACCACACCCCAGGUGAAACCCUGCGGUACCAGCCAGAACCGCAAACCCCAACAGGGCCAGGAGAAGAAUAAAGUCACUACUAAAUCUCAGAAGGAUGCAGAUGUCAAAGCCACACCCAAAAAGGGAGCUCCGGAGGUAACAGGCUCUAAAGAACAGAAGAAGACGACUGACAACUCCCAGAAGUCAAGACACCAUGAAGACUCCAACAAGUCCAGCACACAGAGCCUGAGCGAUACCGGCUACUCCUCCGAUGGGAUCUCCAGCUCCCAGGGUGAGAUCACCGGACAGAUCCGUGAAGAAGGGAUGAAGCUGAACGAGAAAGGAGCCUCCAGCCCCUCCGAGAUCACCAAGCUGGAGAGCUCCAUGCGUCCUCUCCUCGAAUCCAAGACCACUUUAGACCGGCACAGGGAGGAGAGGCCUCACUCACUGUCCAUUGGAGAUGGCCGGGAUUACAACUCUGACGAGGAGGCAGCCAGGGACGAGUCGUCGGACGAGCUCAGCUGCAAGCUCCGCCAUGACUAUGUGGAAGACAGCAGUGAGAGCGGCCUCUCGCCUCUCCCACCCAGGCAGAAGAAGUCACACAAGGAGCUGACGGACGAGGAGUUCAUGAGGAGACAGAUCAUGGAAAUGAGUGCGGACGAGGACGAGCUGGAAGGGCUGGAAGGGGUGGAAGGGGUGGAAGGGUAUGCACACCAGAAAACUAAAAAAGGACACAAGCACAGCGGGGAACUGGCAAAAGAGAAACGACGUCUCACUCACCAUUCCAGUAGCUUUGAAGAGGACACCAAAGGGGCUGAUGGUGCGGACGAUGACGGGAUGAUGGCUUCCCAGGGAGGCCUGCGGCGGUUCAAGACCAUCGAGCUGAACAACACCAACAGCUACAACCGCGAAAUGGAACUCGGCACUGAGCACGAUCUGAGAGAACCAGAGCUGGAGAUGGAGAGUCUGACUGGGUCGCCAGAGGAAAGGUCCAGGGGCGAAUAUUCCUCCACCCUUCCCGCCACCACUCCCAGCUAUACCUCCGGAACUUCUCCCACAUCUGUGUCAUCCAUGGAAGAUGACAGCGACAGCAGCCCCAGCCGCCGGCAGAGGCUGGAGGACGCCAAGCAGCAGAGGAAGGCCCGGCACCGCUCCCACGGCCCCCUCCUGCCAACCAUUGAGGACUCGUCGGAGGAGGACGAGCUGAGGGAGGAGGAGGAGCUACUGAGAGAGCAGGAGCAGAUGAGAGACAUGGAGCAGCAGAGGAUCCGCAGCACUGCCAGGAAGACCAAACGAGACAAGGAGGAGCUGAGGGCCCAGAGACGCAGAGAGAGGUCCAAGACUCCCCCAAGCAACCUCUCUCCCAUCGAGGAUGCCUCCCCCACGGAGGAGCUGAGACAGGCGGCCGAGAUGGAGGAGCUGCACAGGUCGUCCUGCUCUGAGUACUCCCCCUCCAUGGAUUCUGAGGCCGAAGGGUUUGAAAUGUUGGGUUCCAAGCUCUACAAGUCAGGGAGUGAGUACAACUUGCCAACCUUCACGUCAAUCUACUCCCCCACAGAACGACCCACAGCCACCUCCCCAUCAGACAAGACACUAAAAAGUGCAGAGGAGGUUUACGAGGAAAUGAUGAGGAAAGCAGAGAUGAUGCAGAGGCAACAGCAGACACACCCAAGACAGACAUCCGGGGCUACACAGCCGGCAGGGAAACACCUAGAAACAGGAACAGUUUUAACCCCUGGUUCCAGCCCCACUCAAACAGCUGCUCCUGUCUCAUUCUCUGGAAGUGACUCAAGAAUCCCCGGGAUUCGUGUAACUCAGCAUCUAUCAAAAGAAACCCAAGACAGGAUGAGGACCCAAACUGCCAAAAUAGGAGGUGUCAUUCCCCCUUCUACCACAAUAGCAUCGUAUGGGGUGUAUAGCGCAGCCACAACUUCCCCCACCCAUGUAACUACAAGCCAGUCCCAGGCGCAGUCACGGCCAGCUGGGAGCGUGGCAGCUCAGGGUGUUCCCCAGGACCCCGGAGCAUCCUCCCUCACAUCCAAAGUCUUCUCUUACUUCAAAGGCCCCAGCCCACCAGUUUCCCCCUCAGCCUCCCCCACACAAAGCCCCACUCACGCCCAGUCGCCCAGGCCCACUAGUGCGAGGGGCCAAGCGCUGUCUUCCCAAGGCAGCGCUGGUAGCCUGACCUCCCCUAUAACACCCCACGGAGUCCCUCAGAGGGCAGUGUCACCACGCCUGGCACGGCAGCAGUCCUCCCAAGAUUCACCGGUGAUGGGGAUAACCCUAGGGUCUGAAACCACCUCUCCUGCGAAGCCCCUGACUGUAAACUCCUCAACAUCUCCUCUGUCCUCACCAACACAGGUGAUCCGCCAGCCCUUAUAUUGUGCCCAGACCCCCACAACAAGCUCGCCGACAUCCCCGCAGAAAUCACAGCAAUCACCUCAACAUGCCUUGCAGAGGGUCCAAACAGCAGAGAGGGUGAAUGUCGGUAUGAGCACAGUGACCACCACAACCACAUACAGUCGUGGCUCCAUGUCUAUGGAAAAUAUUUCUUUGUGCAGGAUCUCCAAUGUCCCUGGCACAUCAAGGGUUGUAGAACAGAGCCAAAUGCACCCUAGCGGGAAUGUCGUGGACCUGAGAGCCCCAUUGAAGCCUACCCCAAUCAUCAUGACAGAUCAGGGCAUGGAUCUAACAUCUCUGGCCACUGACACAAGGAGGUACUCCUUCGGGUCGGAGCAGACCUCCAGUAGACACACAGCUGUGCAGCCUCUCAUCAUGAACCUGAAUGCACAAGAGCAGCCACAUGUGGCCAUGUCAACCCCGACAACAGUAAGUGUCACAGUCGCAGCCUCGAUGUUCAUAUCCCAACCCAAGCAGCCGGUGGUCUAUGGGGAUCCUCUCCAAAACCGCAUGGAUCUUGGGCAAGGAGUGGGAGCAGCUGUGUGUUUGACCCAGACAAAACCUCCUGUCACAGAUCCGUCCAUUCCCAAAAUCGAUGCGUGUCUGGAGGACCUUGGCAUCCAGCAGCAUCAGCUGCAGCUGCAACAGCAGAAGCUUCUACAGCAGCAGCAGCUCCUAGAGCAGCAGCUCCAGCAGCACCAACAGUCAUCCUUUGCUCGUUACAAUCUGGCAAACCAAGUCCAGCCGUUAUUGUUGAAGAAAGACCUUAUAGUGAGUCAGACGAGCUCUGGCACUACCCAACCUGUAGUAAGUGUCAGUGCCAUUCCUAGAAUAUCUCCCCUCCCUCCACAACCAGCUGCAGGAGCUACUCAAAACACCAGUACACAUGACAUCUAUGGAGGGGUGGCUUUAGAGUUAAAAAACAAGCCCACGGUGAUGAACCUGUCCACAGGCAAGCCCCAUGUUAUGAUGGUGCAGCUGGAUGAAAGCAGCUCGUCACAAGGGGCCACAGUUUCUCAUCUGGUGAAACGAGAGGAGCCUCAACCUCCUCCUCCACCCCAAGUCUUGGAUCUCACCGGGCCAAUCAAACCUGAGAACCAAGUGGCUUGUUGCGACGUUGUGUACAAACUUCCCUUUGGCGGUAGCUGUGCCGGGUCCUUUGCUCCAAAGUCCACAACAGCAACACCCGACAAGACCCCAACCACUGAUCCUUCCCAAGUGUCCCGCCCUCCCCCUGCUCCGCAUUACACCGGCCAGCAACAGCAACAACAGGCUGGACAAACUGGAACAGAUGGUUACCAGGUAGCAGGCAUGCCAGGGAUGCCAGAAGAACGAAAAUCGUUCACCUUACCUCAUCCAGAAAGGAUUCAAUCCUCCUUGUCUGACAACAAACUAACAGAUGCAGCGCUUCAGUACUAUCAGAGGACCGAUCCAGAGGACUUGGCCGUGGACCUGAGCACCAUAAAUCAGGCCUAUCAGGGUGGGUAUCUUGGCAUGGGUGCACAGUAUGGAUCUUACACUGACCUGCGCCAGACAGGUGAUGUGGCAGGCCCUCCGCUACCCUUGAGGAGAUACGGCUCCAUGUCCAACAUCAAUGCAGAGUAUGGCUACGGUCCACGUGAGCUUGCAGGCGUACAGGACUCCAGCUUGGCCCAGUACAGUGCCACAACUGCAAGAGAGAUCAGUAGGAUGUGUGCAGCUCUCAACUCCAUGGACCAGUUUGGGAACCGGUAUGCUAACAGCCCUGAAAUGAUGCAGUUUGGUGCAGGACGAGGUGCAGGACCUGCAGGAAGGCUACAUCUACAGCAAAGCUUAGCAUCAAUAAGAGCCAGCCUACUGUACGGCCCAGAUGGAAGACCCACAUCACACAACCAUGCCCUAACCAAUCUAAUAAAUGCCAGACAAGCAAGUAUACGGGCCUUAUACCCCACCGCUAUAAGAGGAGCUGAUGGAAUGAUGUACUCAACCAUCAACACCCCUAUAGCCUCUACCUUGCCAAUUACCACCCAGCCUUCCUCUGUUCUGCACCCCAUGCCAAGGGGAAUAUACCGGCCUUAUCCUGCAGGUGUGACUGCUGUACCACUGGCCAGCCUCACCAGGUUGCCUCAAGUGACCCCAAGGAUGCCUCUGUCCACACAGGGACCCUACCGGUACCCUUCUUCCACUAACCAAUUCCCCACAGUAGCCUUCGGGCCUGACAGUGUCGCUAACGCUUGUACCUCCAGUCAGGAGGCUCCAGUGUACCUAGGGAAGCCUUCAGCAACCGUAGUGGCACACACCUCUGCAACCUUUCCGCCAGCGCAGCCCGUUACUCAACUGGGCACACAAAAUGUACCAGUGGCUGGUGUCCGCACUACUGCAAUGCCAAUUCAAUCCACAGGACAGAUGCAAGCGCAGAUACAGUCCCAGAUGCAAGGGCAGAUACAGUCCCAGAUGCAAGCGCAGAUACAGUCCCAACAGCAAACUCAACAGCUACCAGUUCAAACUCAAGCUCUAUCCUUGACUCAAACUCAAUCUCAGCCUCAACCAAUAAUUCAACCACAACCCCAAUCCCAGCCCCAAUCUACUUCCCAAGGUGCUCCUCUAACGGCAGCCAGUACAACCAAUGCUGCUCCUGUCGACCUGGAGAAGGAGAAGGAAGAGGAGCGUUUGCGACAGCAGCAGGAGCAGAUGCUGCAGCUGGAGCGAGAGCGCGUGGAGCUGGAAAAGCUCCGCCAGCUGCGCCUGCAUGAGGAGCUGGAGAGAGACCGCAUGGAGCUGCAGCGGCACAGGGAGAAAGAACAGCUGAUCGUGCAGCGUGAGAUCCAGGAGCUCCAGACCAUCAAGCAGCAAGUCCUCCAGCAGCAGCAGGCAGAGAGGGAAACACAGCUUGUCAUGCAGAGAGAACAGCUGGCUCAGCAGAGGAUGCAGCUCGACCAGAUCCAGUCCCUGCAGCACCAGCUGCAGCAACAGCUGGAGGAGCAGAAGAGACAGAAGACUGCAGUGGUGGAGGCUGCAGCAGUGGCCGCUGCAGCAGAGGCGGCUGCAGCUUCUGCAGCCGCUGCAGCUGCAGCAACAGCAACAACUACCCAAGGAGCCAUACAGGGGAUGGUGGUCGGAGGGGGAGCGACUCCGCAAGGUUUCAUCAUCUGUGACCAGAGCGGGCGAGUGAUCCAGCAAGACGGUCAGAGUGUCCAGUUCUGGCAGGACGGCCAGGUGGUCCAGGCUGUGGUGGCCGCGAGGCCCAUUUCCAGCUCCGCCUCUGAGAUGUCCUUAAGGAGCGAUGAUCAGUCAGAAUCCAGGGUCAUGAAGAAGCAGAACUCAAUGCCUCGGCUGAGAGAUGGCUCAGAGGAGGAGCCAGUGAGGAGGAUUACAGACAGUUGUGUUCAAACAGACGAUGAGGACGGCGAGGACAGGUACAUGAGCCGGCGUAGGCGGACCAGACGCAUAGCAGACUGCAGUGUCCAGACAGACGACGAGGACCAGGCAGAGUGGGAGCAGCCAGUGAGACGCCGGCGUUCCCGCCCUGCCAAGCACUCUGACUCCAGCGCAGAGAACAAACCGGAUGGUUCCUCCAAAGUGUCCUCCUCUAGCAUUGCCAUUCAGACCACCAAUGACUCCUCUUGCCAGACUGAACCAGACCAGCUAGGCCGGGUCUCCCCUGCAAUCCACAUCACCAUGGCUGAGAGCAACAAGGUGGAGCUGCUCCACUACAUCUCAGCUCCAGAGAGGACCCAGAGAGGAGAGAGCCUGGCCUGCCAGACCGACCCAGAGGCCCAGUCUCAGGGCGUUGUGGCCCCUCAGCUGAGCGUGCCCACCACCAUCAGCCCAUACUCCACCAGUCUACAAAUGGUGGGCGCUUCCCCAACUGAUCCGGCCUCCACGCGUUUCCAGGGGGUUGCCAAGUUCGAGAGACGGAAGCCAGACCCCCUGGACAUCGGUUACCAGCAGAAUGAGUCUCCGUCCCGCCAGCCUCCCAAGUCUCCGCAGGUGCUGUACUCCCCCGUCUCCCCACUGUCUCCGCACCGCAUGCUGGAGACCACGUUCGCCUCCCAGGAGAAGCUCAACAAGGCCCACGUCACGCCCCAGCAGAAGGCCUUCACUGCUGAGUCGCCCCAGCGCCACCAGACCCUCCCCAGGCCCAUCAAGAGUGUCCAGCGCUCCAUGUCAGACCCCAAGCCCCUCAGCCCCACCUCGGAGGACUCUGCAAAGAACAGGUUUUCCCCAUACCAUCAGCAGGCGCUCUCCAACACUCAGAUGGCCUCCCUGCAGCAGCAGCAGAACUAUCUGAUGAGGAAGGUGAAGAGGACCCUGCCCAGCCCCCCUCCAGAAGAGAUCCCCCUCCCCAUUGUCACCCCGGCCAUGUCGCACUUGUACGGCUCCCCAGGGAUGCCGCAGAGAGUGAUGCCUCGCCCCACCCAGGGCGUCACCAAGGCGGGGCUUCUCAGCGAGCUGAAAGCCGUGGAGCAGGAGUCCACCAAGCUGCGCAAGCAGCAGGCCGAGCUGGAGGAGGAGGAGAAGGAGAUCGACGCCAAGCUGCGCUACCUGGAGCUGGGCAUCACCCAGAGGAAGGAGACACUGGUGAAGGAGAGAGAGAGGAGAGAGCUGGCGUACCUGCGCUGCAUGGGGGACCCCAGGGACUACAUGUCGGACACCGAGCUCAACAACCUGAGGAUGGUGGCCGCCUCGGGGACGUUCGACGGGAACGGUCACCUGACCAGGCCAAGCACUGCGCCACUCAGCCAGUUCACCAACGACCUCAGCACCUCCCAGUAUCCCUCCACCUCCUCCUACAUGUCCUAUCCCUACCCCCAAAGUCAGCCCACGCCCACCCCCCAGCCAACAGCGGCCUACCAGCAGAUAGGCUUCCAGCCCCCUCAGUACCCCACAGCCUCCCAGCCCCAGCCCGGCACCUUCCAGCCCCACCCCCCGGGUUACCCCACCCAGGGAGGCUUCCCCCAUGGCUACGGCCAGUCGUCCUACCAGACAGACCUGGGCCUGCAGCAGCACGGACACCCUGUUCCUCCCCUGCCAGGCCAAACUCUGCCCUACCCAGGCCACAGCUCCUACCAGCCUGGCCCAGGCCUGGCCUUUCAGCCCCAGGCAGAGAUCCUCAGCGUUCACCAGAGGCCCAGGCAGACGUCCCUGGCUGAUCUGGAGCAAAAGCUGCCCACCAACUACGAGGUCAUCAGCAAUCCCUCGGUAUCCAUAGCGACGUCGGCUCCAGACGCAGGCUACGGUUCCAUCUACUCCUCCACCUCCGUGCCCAACGCCUACACCCAGUAUCGGCCCCCUGAGGUGGGGUUGACCCACUCGGUGGACAGCCCCACCUCUGCCUACGCCGCGGAUGCUCUGUACACCUCCAACCUGGAGCAGAACAUCCCCAGGAACUACGUCAUGAUUGAUGACAUCAGCGAGCUGACCAAGGACAGCGGAGGGCAGCCCACGGACGCCCUGGGCCAUCCAGCGGGACGCUAUGCGAGCGAGAACGGUCCCGCCCGCGGGGGAGUUUACGGGGAGGAGACCGUGGAUGCCUACGGGAGGCCCACAGGCAUCACAGGCUAUCACCAGCAGGGGCCGGUGGACAGCCGAACCAGUGCCACCGUGAGCGGUGGGUCAUCUUAUUACUACGACGACUACAACAAACACCCGGGAACGCGCACCGGCUCCGGGACCCAGAAGCACCCGUCAAAAAACCUGGCUCCCGCUGUGGUCUCUUCGUCCAAGCGCAGCAAGCACCGCAAGCAGGGUAUGGAGCAGAAGAUCUCCAAGUUCUCCCCCAUCGAGGAGGCCCGAGACGUGGAGUCCGACCUGGCGUCCUACACCAUGACCACCUCCACCGGGGGAAGCUGCACCGUGGUGUCUCGCUCCAAGAAGAUGCAGGACGACAUCACGUACGGCAUGAAGAAGAACGUGUACGACCAGCAGAAGUACUACGGCUCCAGCAGGGAAGCUCUGGAGGAGGAGGAGAGGACGUACGGCUCAGGCAGAUCCAGGUCAACAGGGUACGGCAUGGACAAGAUCUCAUCCCGGGACGCCCCAGGCUACAGGAGCAAGUCGUAUGAGAGGGAUGCCAUGGAGCGGUCCCAGAGAGGGAGUCACGCCCGCGGGGGCCGUCCGGCCAUCAGGACCCAAAACUCGGAGGAGGAGAGCCCGCUCAGCCCGGUGGGGAAGCCUGUGGGGAUUGGACGAGGGUCCGGGGUCCCUGACCCCAACGAUGUGAGGAACCAGUAUGGCUCAAGCCACUCGCUGCCGGAUGUCCAGGAUCAUCACAUGAAGGACCUGCCUAGGAGUCAUGUCUACAAGCCAGACGACCCUUACCUGGUCGACGACAUGCACUGCGCUGUUUCAGACAGCGAAGCUUAUCACCUGGGCCAGGAGGAGACAGACUGGUUCGAGAAGCCGAGAGAGGCUCGCUCCAGGCACCACGGCGCUGGCGGCCACACCUCCACGGGUCGGCGGGGCAACGUGAAGCACACCUACCACGACUACGACGAGCCCCCGGAAGAGGAGCCGUGGCCCCAGGACGAGUACGGCCAGCCCCGCCAGCCCUCCUCCCGGGACCACCGGCACCACGGCAGCGCCGGCUCAGGGAGACACUCCUCUCGCCACUCUUCUGAAGAACCCCGGCCCUUGCGCUCCUCCAGGUCGCAUCCCAAAGACCCCUCCGGCCGCUCGGAGGAACGCGGCUCGUCCUCCGCCCCCAGGAGGGGGGCCUCGGAGGCUCGCUCCUCCCAGGGUAGCCACCGGGACUCUGGGGAAUUCUCCAGGGACCCGGCAUCUGGACAACACCACGGCUCCAGUAGUCGGGGCCAGAGGCAGCCAGGUUCCUCCUCCAGGAGACAAGAUCCUGCUGCAGGACCAAAGCAGCAGCAAACCCAGGGUCAGGGCCAUAGCCAAGGUCAGGGUCAGGGUCAGGGUCAGGGUCAAGUCCAGGGUCAGGGUCCUGCCGGGCAGCCUCGCCCCGGGGGCCAGCCCCAGCAGUCUGGCAGGCAGCCAGGGGCCCUGCAGCAGGAGGGAGGUCCUCUGAGCCAGAACGCAGUGCAGGGACCAGGCCAGUCAAGGACCCAGCAACAGACUCACAGCCAACCUGCCCAGAGCGUCGCCCCACCUGGAGGGGCCCAGCCCGCCGCAGGCUCCCCUGGCCCGGGAGCAGGCGUGGGGCCAGCCCAGCAGCAGCAAGCCAAGUCUGGCCAGGGUCCGGCCCAGGGCAGACAGCCAGGGGCCCCAGGACCUGCUGCAGCUCAACCUGCAACAACGGCCGCCAAAAUGGAGGUGGCUCCUGCAUCAGGCCUGGGGGCGGUGAAGCCAGCUGCAGCAGCACAGCCCGCCAAGGCUGCCACCCCCCCCCUGACUGGCAUAGGCUCCAAAGCUCCUGUGGGCAUCGGCAGCAGGCCAGCCGGCAUCGGCAGCGCCGCCCACCAGGACCCCCCCCCCGCUGAGGGGGAUAGCGUUCUGGGCAAGAUCCUGCAAGGAGGCGCUGCCGAACAGGCGGGCAAACUGGGAGACGCCGUGUCUGCCCUGGGCAAGAAGUUCACUUCAUUCUGGUGAACUGAAGAGAGGAGGGGAACAAGGAGUUGAAGGGAGGAAGGAAGAUUGGACUCUUUGUACUGGAAAAACCUAUGAAUCUGUUUCUGGCAUUUUCUACAUUUCACACAACCACAGGGAGGACGGAGGAAGGAUGG